AUGAGGAGGUCGGAAAAAGGUUUACUCCUCACGUCGGGUUUGCAAAAAUUUGACAAACAACCAGAAUAUACGGAAGUUAACCCCGGUGAAGAUGUUAAAUUAACAUGUACGAUACUUAAUAAAAAAGGAACGUGUUCGUGGCAGAAGAACAAUAAAGGAUAUAACGAUGAAAACAUUUAUUUACUCUAUGAAAUAAAUAAAUUGUUGGGUUUUUUAGCGCCCGGAGUCUAA